CUCUAGGGUGUGUGUGGCUCAUCCAGGCCAACCUACCCAAGUUACGUCCAUUCAUCGUAACUCUCAAUUCAGACUCGACACUUUUCUCGAUCUCAUCGAUCGAUGGGGUUGCCCAAAAAAUCCCAUGCUUGAUUCCCACCCCAAUUCUAUCCCUUCUUUUCCCUUCUUCACUCUUACUGCCCGCCCGUAAUACCCCCCCUCAACCGAGAGGCGUGUGCUCUGUUUCCCUCCGUUCUACGUAUACGUACUCACACUCUCUCACUCCCUUUGUUUUUCCUCCUUGCGAAUCCAACGGGUUACUUAUAAACUUAAGCUCCAGCCAUCCAUCAUUUCCAGCCUCGCUUUGUUUGGUGUUCUUCACUCCUCAUACUUUUAUUUACUUACUACUACGAUAUACUCUCAUCUCUCAAACUUGCUUCCAUCUUGGGCUGAUCAUCGACGGAUACUUGCUUGUUAUAUCCGUUCUUGUGUCGUGUAUCCAGUCACCCUUUCCGUCUGUUUUAUCGUUGCUCCUUGGCUCCGGCUCUGGCUUGUCUACUGGAUUCCUCGGCAACCUCGAUUAUCUAAACAACAACAAUCACCACUUGUGCCAGAUCUUUGCAUAUUUUCCUGUGCAAUACAUGAACUUGAUACCAAACGUACAAUUACUCUGCUUCCCUAUUACCAAGACUGCAGAAUUGACACCGCCAUAAUCAACCAGCUCCUUGCUCCCUUCGCUACCACCACCGGACCCCUGCCUUUCCAGGAACACGCACGCACGCAACAGACCACGAGAAACCCAUCAGUCUCGUGUUCCAAAAGCGGAGGCGAUUUUGAGCUAUCAAUCCCUUCAUUCGGUCCCUUCGAGUCCAGACAAGCUCCGCGACUAGCCAUCCCGCUAUUUGCGUCCGCUCGCCUCGCUUCCCCCGGAGCUGCAACCACAACCAGACGCAUCAAGUUACCCAGUCUGAUCUGAUCAGUAGCUGUGUUCUACUGAUCUCGCUGCAACCAUCAAAGUUACCAAGGGCAGCUCACAAUUACUGCCGCAAUGACAAUGCACGCAAUCAACGCCGCUGGUCGACGAGUUUCACUCCUCAAUGACGAAACUGCCUCCCAACAACAACAGCCAACGCAACGACCACCUCUCAGCUUCCACUCUCACUCCAGCUAUGCCUUCACUCAAUCAUACCCCACCCCGGGCAGCAGUUCUUCUUCGCCAAACACUCCCGAACUUCUUCGUUCCGACUCUUAUGACUCUCAAAUGAGCAACGAUCCUCUUUCCCCUCUGACUCCCAACGUCGACUACUACCCUCGACAACAGGUCAUGUACACAAUUCCUCAGGACUACAACAUGGAGGCGAAGCAUGCCCAAUACGCCGACAGCAUCCGUUCAGCUUCCUACGACGCUGAGAUGGUCAGCCAGCCCCGAUCUUCGCCUAUGCCCGAGCGCCCCGGAAAGAGGUAUCCCUGCAGGUACCGCGACACUCAUGGCUGCGAAAAGACCUUCACUACCUCAGGUCAUGCCUCGCGCCAUUCAAAAAUUCACACUGCGGAGAAAGCUGUUCAAUGUACUUUUGCUGGAUGCCAGAAGAAGUUCACUCGUGCCGACAACAUGAAGCAACAUCUCGAAACCCACUUCAAGGAUAAGAGUCGCUCUUCUACCAGCCAGCGCAGUCACAGGACAUCCCUCGCUGACGCUCGCCGUAACUCUACAUCCGGUCGCCCUUCCGCGAGCCGCACAUCCUCGUCAAGGAGCCGACGCGACGCUGAUCCCUAUCCCCUUCCCACGCCUCCGCUGGCCUCACCCACUGUCAACAGUGGAUCUUGGGACUUGGGCGGCCGCAACUUGCCCAUUCUCAACCGCCCUGUUGCUGGCAGGACACCUAGCGGUCUGGAUGCCCUCGCUAUGGCCGUAGCAUGCCAGGAGGGUUCUGGUGUCUGAAGGGAACAAUGCUGGAUCUCUCGCCCCUGGCAUUCUCUUCCUUCAAAAAAGAUUUUUUUUUCUCAGGCAUUACUUUAUUGAUAAUUUUAAUCCUCUGACAAGUCCUAUCUCUACACACAAAUUACUCCACCUGUCGACUUGAGCCUUGGGGCACAAUCUAUUCCCCCCCCAAAUGACCUCCCCUCCCCACAGACAUUGCUGCACUUUUAUUCUGUUCAAUGUACUGUUUCUAUUACGGCGUUGUAUGAACAUACGAGGAGCAACCUGGAAUCAAAGGCGUUUUCCACUUGGAUGGGAUUGUUUUAUUUUCUUUUUCUAUUGAUCAUUUAUUCAAAAGGUGUCUGGGAUUGGACGGUGUCGCGAGUAUACGAUCGGCUACACGGAUGGUUCUCCCCAUAAAGGGCACACGGUUUAGAUAAACGACGACAAGACGCGCCCACUUGGAGUUUUAAUCUCAAGGGCAAAAAAACGCAUGGCGUUGGCGGGGUUUUCACGAUUUGAUGUUUUCAACUUUUGUUCAACUAUAAGAUCUUUUGGGAUAGGCCCAUUCGAGGGCUAUAUCGGGCAUCUCUAGGGGCAUUGGUGGUGGAAGAAGACGAGACAGCGGCAUAGUACACACUUGGUCGCUGCCCCUUACGGCUGUGUUUAGACGGCAGUGAGGCAGGUUCCUGUGUAGUUACCAGGAGUUGGAUAGGUGCCAUUACUGGCGCCUCUAUCUUGGACCCAACACAUGAACUGUAUACAAUUGAUACCAUUUUGAAUUUUUAUAUCGAAUUCUCAAGCAUUUUUGUAAUGUCAGCCAAUGUGAAGGGAUAGAAUACCUUCAUUUACAACCGCGUAUGCUGUGAAUCCUUGUCACCAGUGUCGUCAAGGACAACUUGCUGUGUCCAUUCAACAUUAAAUCCAUGGACUCAUCACUGCAAUACCUGGUGAGCUUGUCGUCAACCUAUUCAAGUCAAUAAAUAGAUCAAUACUCGUGAGACUCUGUCUUGCCAGACAAACAUAUAUCCACUUUCUAGCAUUUACUUAUGCUGUGCUCUUGGUAACCCAUGGCCUGAUGGUCGGCAGGCAACUCGAUUCAUUACGCGCUCCUGAGCUUUUGUCACAUGGAAUGUUCUGACAAGCCUGAGACAUUUCCAAAACACACAUACCAACCACGUUACAUAUGACAAGUAAAAAUCAAAUCUGAUUUCUUUUGUAUACGUAUGUAUGCUCUUGUUCGUCUAAUCAUCCAGUAUCGUUACUCAACUAAUUGGCAUCAUGCUUCAUAAUUCUGGUACCACACCAUGUGCGGUUCCCUAUUCCCAUAUAUCCUCCUUUUCUGCACACAAUCUGGCCAUCUCCAGCUGCUCGUCUGUCUGACAGACGAGCACCCGCUGCCUGGCAUCGCGUUUACCGAGUUCCUGGACCACAUCCUUGAUAGGUUCCUGAUUACUAGCAUCAUCGAGGGCAAAGCCUAAGCAGGCAACCCUCUCGACGACGGCAGAUCGAAGCUUGGCGCUGUGCUCUCCAAUGCCGCCAGCGAAGACCAAAGCGUCGACACGACCCUCGAGGGUUACGAAGUAAGAGCCGAUAAAGCCGGCAAUGCGAUCGACAAAGAUUUCAAAGGCCAGGCGGUGGGUGGGUUCGUCUGACUCGGCAACUACGCCAAAGUUGGUGGUGCCUGUCAUGGACUUCCAGCCGCUCUCCUUAUUGAGGAUCUCUUCAGCCCUUGAAAUGUGAAGAUGUUUGGUGGAUGCAGGGGAGAGUUUCCCCACAUCGGAGGCAUAGUGGAAGACAAGACUGCAAAGGUUGGCAAGGGUCAGCAUGCAAGAACCUUAAUUUAGAAAAGAAGACCCUGAUCCCACCCCUCGGUUCCGGAUCUCAUGUAUGAUCUGAUGAGAGUAGCAUUCCGCUGCAUCCGGUGGGGCAUGGUUCUGGGUUCUGGGCCUUAGGCCUUAGGCCCAGGGCUAAGGGUGUUUGGGUGUUUUUGAGGGAUUGAGCGCCUUACCUAGGAUCAACACUGCCGCUUCGAGUCGCUCCAGGAAGGCCCGCCAACGGUGUAAGCCCCAUGCUCGUAUCCCAACUCUUGCCGCCCUUGAUGGCGCAGGCGCUGGCACCGCUGCCGAGGUGCAAAGCGAUCAUGUUUAAGCUGUCGACGUCUUUUUCAAGAUACUGGGCCACGGCUCUUGUGAUGAAUGCAUAACUGAUUCCGUGAAACCCGUACUUGCGUAAGCGAUUACUCUUGGCGAUCUUUGGGUCGAUGGGAUAGGUGUAGAUGUGUGGAGGAAUAGUUGUAUGGAAUUGCGAGUCGAAACAGGCGACGUUGAUGGUCCUGGGCAGCGCGCUGAUGCAAGUAUCGACUAUGCUCAAGGCGACGCCAUUGUGGAGUGGUGCCAAGUCGCUGAGCUCUUCAAGGUGGUGAUAGGCAUCUUGGGUGAUGACUUGCGACCGAUCAUAGUCUCCGCCAUGAACGAUGCGGUGGCUGGCGAUGGCAAUGUCCUCCUUUGAAGAGAUCUCAUUGAGCUCAUUGUCAUCAAUGAAUGUCUUGAGGAGAAGGUCGAAAGCAUCCUCUUGAUUCUUGACACUUUCGGCAACCUCUUUCGCCUUGACCACCUUCUCACCGCGACGCGUAUAAGCAAGCGUAGCUGGUGGGGCAGUCAAUCCUCCGAUUGAGGCUUCUGCGAUUUGAUGAGGUUCUGCGUUCUUAUCUGCGGUAUAAACCGAGAUCUUGACCGAGCUGGAGCCGGCAUUGAUGGCGAGAAUGACCUUCAUGACAGAUGCAGCUACGUUGAAUGGGUCAAUGCUUCGGUGUUGAGUGUGUAUCAGGAACGGGGGAGCAGUGGCAGCAGUGGCAGCAGUGGCAGCAGUGGUGAGCGAUGGAUGGUAGGGGAGAAGGGAGCCUGAGUUAAGUUUAUCAACUCUCCAUUCAUGACGGCGGGUUGUGCAUCUCAAUGACGACACAGCUCCAUGGUACGAUCCAGGCACCGCGGGGUCUUGAGAGUCGGUGUGGGGGCGCCCCGAGCAUUUCCCCGUUGUCUGCCCACGGAUAGCGACAUAACGUAUAAGGUAUACAGCCUGAUAACCUCUGCUUGACGUUCCGGCCAAUCCCCUACGGGCGGCUGCUGAUUAUCGCCCUUUUGGGCGGCGUUUGAUGAGCGCUUUCGUUUCUGACAGGUGAAAGGGUGUGGGCUGUCAACGUCAAACCUUGCAACUACUGUCACCCCACUUGGACACGCACUGCAGCACGAACAUGUGGCUCGUCUCGGUGGUGCAACUGGCCGAGUAUAUUGAUAUGGCAUCUGACUCGGAUUUGACCUUUUCAGGGCGUAGCUUCGGCCGCUUCCGAGGGCUCUGGCACCGAUUCGAGCAUGUGGUUCGGCCAUCCUGACACUGGUAGAUCGGGAGAAUGUCCCGGCAGAAUCUGCGGCGAGGGCAGUUCGAAAUGGUUUGGAGGAAAUGGGAUGCCGUUGAAUUCGCGGUCCAAACUGUGGCAAUAAAGCCAUGUCUCGAUGAAUCGUCGGUAUGCUGGUCUGACUGUUAGCUGACAUGUCGGGAGACAGAUUUGGAGACCCGGCCAGGGCAGCCGUUGCUCGCUCUAUUUCUUAAUUUCUAACCUUGACGCUCAGUAAACUGGAUGGCCAGAUAUCGUAUGUCGAGAGUCGGCUGCUGUAAUGAUCUUGGCUCGGAGGAAUCAUUCGUUCUGGUCCGAGAUCGCAUACGAUGCGGCAGUGAAAAGCGUCGGUGUGAGUGCUGCUGGUCGUCGCCCGAAGUAUGCCGCCUGCCAGUCGCAUUGAGUCGAAGCUGUUUUGCGCGGUCGUCCCGCCCGCGCAGUUCCCCGUCGAACGAGUGAAUAUCAUACUCUCGGUAUUGCCCAUCCGUCUUAUUCGCACACACGCUGAGGGAGUGGAAAGUCGUAUAUCGAUCCCUCCACAGCUUGAGUCUCUGAAUCGCACCGAUCCCCUUCACCUUGCCGAAGCCAUCUGUGCGACCAUGGACGUUUGUCCAGACGACGUCGACGUCAUAGAAAUCAACUAGGUCCUUUCUGCGCAAAUCUCCCUGAAACUGAAUAGAGCUCUCGACUGUUGUGAACUCAUAUCUGAUCGUGACGUACUGGUCAUGUAUACAAACACCCUCAUCCGUUGUGUAUCGAAUCCGGUGAGGUUCCUGAAACCAGAUCAAGUCUACAUACAGAAGUGUUCGAGCAGUUCGUUCUGGUAGCUACCCUGCCACAGAACACGGCGUUGCUCAGAACCCACCACUUCCCAAGGCCCCAAGUAAACGACUCGUUCGUCGGGAGUAUCUUGAAAAAGGAUUCUAGAUGUAUCCCAAUGUCAGCCAGAUGAAACGUUAUUCAUAUCAACCGCGGCGGGCCGGGAGAGAGUCGCACAUUGUUGCCUGGAAACCCGGGGGUCCCAGAUCGAGUACCGAGGUGCCAGUUCCCGACCCCUCGGUGGUCGGGGCAGAAAUGGUUGAUAUGCCGGAGGUGGGAGUCCAGGUUGAAUCAACCGGACUGACGUAUGUUCGUCCGUAUGUUGGAGGGCGACCGAGCGACGAGGAAGUAAAGGACGAGCCCGAGGACGACAUGCUGUCGCUGGUAGCAGUCGAGGGCGAUCUGACUGACCGAGCGGUGGGGACAUGUCAUGACACGGUCACAACGGCGCAGGAGGUGCGAGUGGUCUCUCUUGCUGCCGCUUUCUUUGAAGAUCCCAGUGACCAGCCCCAAAGCCGUUGACACACUUUGGCUUGAUUGAACUUGUUUGGGCAACGAACGGGUCAGGUUUGCUGUGUGGAAGCCUAUGUUGACAGAGGAAUGGCGGCUCGGCAGGCUCUUGGCUGUCGAGGUCCUGAUAUCGCCAAUGCCUGGGCCGGCGCAAAGGCAGAAUCUCAACAAUAGGGCAGCGAUACAACGUGGAGGCACCGAGUAAGGUAUGUACGAGUACUCAGUCGGGAUAGACUUCAAGCACUAGAUUGGCAAGGGUAGCUCCGGAAGCCGCUGGUGCCUUCGUCCGCCCCUCUGAUACGACAACAGGAAACUUGACCUCGGGUUUCAGUGAUGUAGCUGUCUCUGUCUCUGUAUCCGUACGUACGUGUACAAUGAAUGGUGUGCUAGAUGGGCUCCAGGAGCCGAGGAUCCCAAACCUUGGAUGAAGCAAAGUUGGAGCUCGCAUACAUAGAGAUAUCGCACCGAAGCUGUUGUAACAACAGUAUGUAUAUAGAGGGCAAAGCAGGACAGACCAGACCAGACCAGCCCAAGAUAGGGCAGGAGAGAAAUCAAAGUUCAAGGCGAUUUCCUAGAAGUUUUAGAGCUAAGCAAGUGUGUCUGUGUCUUUUUCGUUGUUCGUCCCAUAAACCAGCUGCAGGCCAGCAUCAUCCAUCGCAAAUCGUGCUGGGAGAGGAGCAAAAAGAAAAAAAGAGUAGAUAGACGAGCGCGGUGAAUUUCCACGGAUGGUCGACUCAACGGGGGGCCUGUCUACCUAGCCUGUCCGUACGUACAUAGGCAUAUGUUUGGGUGCCCGCAUCGAAUUGGCGAGGAUGGGAUGGAUGGAUACAGUCAGUCAGUACCGUACCUGUAGUUAGCCUGUAGGUACUUGGGUAGGCAGGCAGGUAAGGCUAGCCAUACACAGACAGGCACGCUGCACGCUGCCUGUCGCAAAAGCCGCCAGUUGUUGGCAACAGAAGACGUCGUCCCCAGAAAGCAAAUGUCGUUGCGUUGUGCAACCGACAGCCAAGGGUCGACGCCACAUGGGCAGAAGCUUGUCUUCCAUUGGUGGUCCACUAACAGCGGGAGCACGGCGCACGGGGGUCCAUGGGACGUUCUGAUGGGCUAGGGAACACUGGACGGCGAAGAAAGCUUGGGUCUCAUGCAUGCCGUGGGGCUCUUUGUGUGAGGUAUCUAAUGUUCCGGGGUCUACAGUAGGAGUAGGUUAGUACGUACAUACUUUUCGCGUGCUGCAUUGGAGCUAGGCCAAGCUCCGGCUAGCAAUUCCGAUUGUCUGGGCCCGCCAGUCAGUGUUGUUUGAUUUGUAUGGAAUAUGGAUGGAUGGAUGGAUGGAUGAAUGGAUCAUGGAUGUCACCAGAAUCCGGAAUUGAUCGCAUG